UUUUUGUCACUGUCUGUCUGUUUCUGGCUUCUUCUUCUUCCUUGAGAGCUGAAAGAAGCAAUGGCGAUUUGGUCGAUCGUUCGAAGGAAGGUUGUUAAUGGCUGUAACUCCUCUUAUUUUUCUUCGAUUAUAGGAAAGUCGUGGAAGAGUACGAGUGCUAAGGCAUCUCAUCCUCGCUACUAUGGAGCUCUUUCGAAAGAGACUUCAGUUUUCGUAAGAGGAUCACGGGUGGUGGUGAACGCCGUCAGUCUUCCUUCUUAUCUAGGUUCCAGUUUGAGCUCAAACGCAAUUAUGAGCAGGGUAACUCUGCCAUGCAUCCAAACAUUCAACACUAGUAUUAGGUUGUUUUCCUCGGAUGAAGGUGGGUCUGUGGAUGCUGUUGUUCCAUACAUGGGAGAAUCUAUUUCUGAUGGCACUUUAGCCACUAUCUUGAAGAAACCGGGAGACCGUGUGGAAGCUGAUGAGCCCAUUGCACAGAUAGAGACUGAUAAGGUUACAAUCGAUGUUUCUAGUCCUACUGCUGGAACUAUUGAGAAGAUUGUUGCAAAAGAAGGUGAUACAGUGGAGCCUGGUUUCAAAAUAGCAGUGAUUUCUAAAUCUAGUGGAGCUGCAACUAAGGUUGAAGAUUCAGAGAAGAAGCCUGAGGAGUCUAAACCAGAGAAAAAAGAAGAGAAGCCAAAACCUGUAGCAGAAUCUCCUCCUUCACCAAAAGUGGAAACUUCACCUCCAAAAGAGAAGCCUAGAGCUCCUCCUCCUCCUCCUCCACCUGCUUCAGGGGCGUCACCAAGAGAACCUCAACUUCCUCCAAAGGACCGGGAAAGAAGGGUUCCUAUGACAAGACUCAGGAAACGUGUUGCUACACGAUUGAAGGACUCUCAGAACACCUUUGCGUUACUGACUACGUUCAAUGAAGUAGACAUGACAAAUCUGAUGAAAUUACGUUCAGAGUACAAAGACGCUUUUCUUGAAAAGCACGGUGUCAAACUAGGAUUGAUGUCAGGUUUUAUAAAGGGAGCCAUCAGCGCACUCCAAAAUCAACCUGUAGUGAAUGCUGUUAUAGAUGGAGAAGACAUUAUCUACAGAGAUUACGUCGACAUCAGCAUUGCUGUUGGUACACCAAAGGGACUCGUUGUUCCAGUGCUUCGAAACGUAGAGCAGAUGAACUUUGCUGAGAUUGAGAAAGAGAUCAAUAGACUUGCUAAGAAAGCAACAGCUGGAACAAUUUCCAUCGAUGAAAUGGCUGGAGGCACAUUCACCAUCUCUAAUGGUGGUGUUUAUGGUAGCCUUUUGAGUACUCCUAUCAUAAACCCUCCUCAGUCAGCUAUUCUUGGGAUGCACUCUAUAGUGAACCGCCCAAUGGUUGUGGGAGGAGAAGUAAUGUCAAGGCCAAUGAUGUACAUUGCAUUGACUUAUGACCACCGUCUGAUAGAUGGUAGAGAGGCCGUUCUGUUCCUCCGUCGCAUCAAAGACGUCGUUGAGGAUCCACGCAGGCUUCUUCUCGACAUCUAGACCGGAUUCUAUGAAACUGUCCAUGUGUUAAUCCAAAAGAAGUUAUCUUUCUAUCACAACCAUGUUCCUUGCUUGCUUGCUUAACCAAGAACUUGUAUAUGUUUUAUGUGUUAAAAGAUUUAUUUCAAUAAGAGUGAAAUAAGCAAUGCCCUCUUGG